CAAACAUGAAGCUGAUUUUGAUCUUCAGUGCCCUCUUCGGGGUUUCCUUGUGCCUGGAAACUUUUGUUGGGCACCAGGUUCUCCGAAUCGAGACAAGAAAUGAAGAGGAGGUUAAGAAAUUACAGCUUUUGGAAUCGCUGGAACACCUUGAGCUUGAUUUCUGGAUAAAUCCCUCCACCCCUGCCCUCCCUGUGGAUGUGCGAAUCCCCGCUAACAGCGUCCAAGCAGUCAAAGCCUUCCUGGAGUCCCAUGGGAUUGAGUACUCCAUCCUGAUUGAAGACCUGCAGGUUGUUCUAGAUAAAGAAAAGCAAGAUAUGGCCGACAGUCAACAAAGGGAGCGCAGCAGCAACAGUUUCAACUAUGGAACUUACCACUCUCUAGAUUCCAUUUAUGCAGAACUGGAUCAUCUUGUGGCUGAGUAUAGCAACAUUGUCAGUAAGCUCCAGAUUGGGCAAUCAUAUGAAAAGCGGCCUUUGUAUGUGCUCAAGUUCAGCACUGGAGGAAGAAACCGUCCUGCAAUCUGGAUUGAUGCCGGUAUCCAUUCCCGAGAGUGGGUUACCCAAGCGAGUGCAAUAUGGAUAGCUAAAAAGAUUGCCUCUGACUAUGGGAAGGAUCUAUCCAUCACCUCUCUGCUGAACAAAAUGGACAUUUUCCUGCUGGCAGUCACAAACCCUGAUGGAUAUGUAUUCACUCACACCACAAAUCGCAUGUGGCGGAAGACCCGCUCCAAGAAUCGAGGCAGUCCAUGUGUUGGAGUUGAUCCAAACAGGAACUGGGAUGCAGGUUUUGGAGGUCCUGGGGCCAGUAGUAAUCCCUGCUCUGACUCUUACCGUGGGCCCAGUGCCAACUCAGAAGUGGAAGUUAAAUCUAUUGUUGACUUUAUUAAGAAUCACGGAAACAUCCAGGCCUUCCUCACCCUCCACAGUUACUCUCAGCUCCUGAUGUAUCCCUAUGGCUAUAAAUGCACUGAGCCAGCAGACUACGCUGAGCUGGAUGCCUUGGGAAGAGCUGCUGCCAGUUCCAUCAAGUCCCUGUAUGGCACCACCUUUACAGUGGGGAGCAUUUGCAGUACUAUCUACCAAGCCAGUGGAGGCAGCAUUGACUGGAGCUACGAUUAUGGCAUCAAAUACUCUUUUGCCUUUGAGCUGCGAGACACAGGUCACUACGGUUUCCUCCUGCCAGCCAACCAAAUUAUCCCAACUGCAGAGGAGACCUGGCUGGGUCUGAAAAAAAUCAUGGAGCACGUGCGAGACAAUCCAUACUAAAAGCUGGGGUGGGAAUCAGCUGGCUGUAGCAGCAAGCCCACAAAUCCUCUUCCCUUGGCACGCUUGAGCCAGCUGUAACGGUAUGGCACUUGGCUGAAUAAAAACUCUGUGUGCAACCUUC